UUUUGUUAAUAUGAAAAGGUCAUUGACCUUAACGUUUUUUUGAGAGAUUGUCGUAAAAGUGGUCAACUAUAUCUUUCCCGAACUCAAAUUUAUUCAUGUGAGAGAAUAAAUUAUCUAUCUAUGGUCGUAUAGUGGAAUUAAACAUUUAAAGUAUGAUUUGCAGUCAGUGCAGGAGGAUUCUGAGGAGUGGUGAGGGUAUCAGAUGUUCGGAAUGCGACUCCAAGUACCAUGUGGCGUGCGUGAGCGAGACACAAGAGCUGCUGGAGAGCGGCGACCUCGGCUACCACUGGACAUGCGCGCUGUGCCAGCACCCCGCUGGCAAGUCGGAGGACAGGCUGCGCAACUCCUCGGGACACGUCCUCAUGGCGAUGAACACCAUCUCGGAGAAGUUCGAAAUGGUAAACAAGAUCCAGCUGCCGAGGCUCAGUCAUGACAUCUUGUACAUCAUGAAUAUUGCAGAUCGGAUUGCCAGACAGAACGAUAGUAUACUCCGUACUCUGGAGGAGUUGAAGAAUAGGCGAGAGGUGAAGGCGACCCACGAGCAGCUGACGUACCGGCGGCGACACCUCAGCCUGAUGCCGCGGACGAAGCACUCGGAUCAGCCCGCUGGCUCCGCGCUGCCCGUCGCCGAAAAGUUGGCGAGGUAUAGGACGAGAAGGAGGCCGAAUACCUUACAAGAAAUGUUCUUUCUGCUAAAUAAAAAGUUGCGGUAA